CUUCAUGUACAAGUAUGACUGAGUAUAUAUACAUACAUUUCUUCGAAGCUCACUUUUGAGCUGCUGUAUACUUAGCUUCUUCUCGAACUUUUCUGUUUGUCUGUUCAGUUGGCGGUCUUAUCGUAGAUGGGCUGUUUACAUUCUACGGCAACAAAGAAGUUCCCUGGACAUGAAGAUCCUGUCGUCCUUGCAUCUCAAACAGCCUUUAGUGUAAGCGAAGUUGAAGCAUUAUUUGAGCUGUUCAAGAAUAUUAGCAGUUCGGUUAUUGAUGAUGGCCUAAUAAGCAAGGAAGAAUUUCAGUUGGCUUUAUUCAAGAACAAAAAGAAAGAAAACUUUUUUGCAAAUCGGAUUUUUGAUCUCUUUGAUGUAAAGCAAAAAGGAGUUAUUGAUUUUGGUGAUUUUGUUAGAGCACUUAACGUUUUCCACCCAAAUGCCCCUCAAGAAGAGAAGAUCGAUUUUUCAUUUAAGCUUUAUGAUAUGGAUGACACGGGGUUCAUCGAGCGGCAAGAGGUUAAGCAAAUGUUGAUUGCACUUUUAUGUGAGUCUGAGAUGAAGUUGGCUGAUGAGACCGUUGAGAUAAUACUUGAUAAGACAUUUUUGGAGGCAGACUCAAAUCAGGAUGGAAAGAUUGACAAAUCCGAAUGGCAUGACUAUGUGGGCCGAAAUCCUUCAUUGUUAAAGAUAAUGACUCUUUCGUAUCUAAGGGAUGUAACUACUACUUUCCCAAGCUUCGUAUUUCACUCUGAAGUUGAUGAAGUUGCUACCUAACUAUGAAGUAUAGUUGAGGUCGAUUCUCAUUCUCCUUAUUCUGGUCAUUUAUUGAUGCACCUAAGUUUUGUUGGGGAGUAGGAGCUUUUUCUUUUAGAAUGUGGAAAAAACUAAAGGCGAUUAAAAUGGGAACAGUAGUGAUAGAAUCAAGAGGUUAAGCGAGCCUCCUGUUUUACAGUGGUUUUGUUGGCAAUGUUCUGGCGUUUAAUGGUGAGCAGGAUAGUGAGGUUACAUCUCAAUCAGUUUUUGUUCACAGUUUUUUCUGUUUUGAGUUGGUAAAUUUUGCGUAGCAUCCUUGCAAGCAUAACUGUGUAAAAAAAAAAAAGAAAUAGUAAUUUCAAACUAGAUGUUGUUUAUUUACUU